AUGGGAAAGGGGGUCAAACCGAUGUCUAAAUCGAGAUCAUGGAAAGAAGUGCCUCUUUUCGCUGGUCUGGUUAUAAUGGAUUGGAUGAGUUGGUCUUAUAAUUUGAGCCAUCAUUUACUCAACAGUAUAUUGUUAGUGAUCGCCGGCGCUCUCAUCGCAUCGGAACUCACGUACCUAUCAAUAGGAAUGGCCGGCAUAUAUACCAGUGCUCUAAACGCUCAUCAUUUGCUUGACUCUGACGACCAAAUGAGUUCCAAUGGGAACCCAUUGCAGUCCAAUGCAAACGCCAGACCCAACCCGACUCCCAACCAGUGUCCGGAAGGGCCGCACCGGCAGUGGGGCGCAGACCUGGACGCAGCCUCUAAGGCAUACUUAGCGCCGAUCGUGUUUAGCGGCAAAUUGAUCUCAAUCUCCGAGGACUACGGCGGACGCAUUGGCGCCACAUUUCACGUCAAAAAGUUAAUCAAAAACCAAAGUUCAUUGUCCGCACAUCUGGUGCUCUCCAGUCACGUGACCCUCUAUUUUGUCCGAAACAAACUCUUACGGCCCGAACCGCCCUAUUGUGCCAUCUUUUUAGACGAUCAUAUCAUUAGUACUCUGAGACCACAGGAGAAGUACAUUAUCUUCGCGUCUCCGCCCUUCACAUUGUUUAGCAAUUCUGUCCAUCACUUCCCAGCCAUUGCCCGCACAUCUAAUCCGCACCAAUCCGUGCGACCGAACAGUGCUAACGGUGUGACCGCCGGUGCCAUCGCUGGCCACUCGCCCUCCACUCACACCACGACUCACACGACAAUCAAUUUAAGUGCAUUCGUCGCUCCAGAGCCUCAUAAUAAACGCUCGGCGCGUCUCGUCCGCAAAGUGUUGUGUCCUCGUUGUGGCGUCCCGACAAAAGGCAAUCUCAGAUUAGGGUGCAAAGUGUCCGGCAAUCCAUUACCACGGGUUGAAUGGUUUAGAAAUGGAAAGAGACUUAAGAACAGAGGAAGAGUUGCCAUCACUACUCGUCGACAAACGUCUCGACUGGAGAUUAGACGAGUCUCGCACUUAACUGAUAGCGGAUUAUAUGAAUGCCGGGCCAGGAAUGUGGUCACUCGGCAGCCGACAGUGGCCAAGAAACGGGUCCGCAUAACCAAUCAGUCCAAACGCAAACCCCACUCAUCGUCGCCGUCGUCCACAUCGACUCGAGGCCCGCUCUGGCCUCAGGUGCGCCCCUGUCCUAUACCGUCCUUCUGUCUCAAUGGCGGCACAUGUACUCUGUAUGAGGCCGUCGGGGAAUAUGUCUGUCAGUGCGCCGAGGGUUAUAUGGGCCAGAGAUGUGAGAGUAAGGACAUCUACUUAAAACUAACCCUUUUGGCCCGAUCAUGA